CAACUCUACAAACGUUAGCCUUGUACCCUUCGCCUCUAGACUCGUUGCUAUUCACAGAGGCUCCAACUCCACCGACUUGACGGGCUUGUACGAGGCGUGUGACUGCAGCACUUUCAGAAGACAUGCGGCGGACGUGAGUCAGUGUCUCUAGCUAUAGAUACAAACAUGCGUACUACUCUCGUCGAUAUGCUCAGUAACUAGACUUCUACACACGCACGAUGGCAAACCGCAGUGAGUUGAUCAAAACAUCAGCUAGUCAACAUAGAGAUCCCAUGAUCUCUAUGUCCUAUCGUGUCCCUUGGUGGUGUCAUGUGGCAGGUCCCACACAAUGAAGAGCUCGUGUAUAAGGAAAUGGUGCUUUGUUUAGAGUAUUGUUGUGAGUCACUGUGGUCGUAGGUGUCAUGCAUGGAGAUUGGGUCUACAUGUGUGCCUUAGUAUUAUAUUGUACCACUGUAUAGUGUUAUACUGAGAAAUAUCUUCUGUAUGCUGCUGUUUACUUCUUCUCUUCAGGCAAAUGCGAUCUCUAUCAUUCGCAUCAUUACUUCGCUGUUCAGGUAACUAAACGCACACACACGCACACAAAUAAUCAUUGGCCAAACAGUUACUGUAUUUAGUAGCGUGCUUUCUCUCACCUAGUAUCGUUGGCUCUGCUUCAAUCAUUCUACUGGUACUUCUUACUGGAAAACUCAACACCGCAGAGGUCCACCCUCUCUUCAUGCUGUCGGUUGCGGACUUUAUUCUCGCCAUUCUCUGGCUCAUCGGAGGAAUUGUGUGGCUGAGUCCCGACGGCAAUGGCUGGGCGACCGAGAAAUCGUCCACGCACGCUGGGAUGUGCUACGUGCUAGCUGUAGCUACCACUAUGGCCGGGAUAGUCACAUUUCUACUGACAGUUGUCUAUGCACAGAGUGCACUCCUGCGGCUACGAGAAUACUACAAUAACAAGGGGAAGCUCCUCCCAGAACAGCAUAAGAAAAAAAGGUUGCGUCACAUUGUCACAGGAUUGUCUUACGUCCUUAGCUGGCUGGUUCCACUGCUUGUGGUUUUACCAGUGACGGAAGCACUGGUUGGCUUGGAAAGUACUGACAAAGGAUGCUGGUGUAUCGUUGAUUUCUUCAAUCUGAGACCUGACAAUGGGGAUUUGAAUACAAGUUCACCAUUCAAUACAUUUGCCAUCAUUCAAGCUGAUAUGAUUGGCUCUUUCUUCCUCGGCUCAGCGCUUCUCAUCAUUGUGUAUUAUGGGAUUACACUAUGGUACAUCAGAAAGGUCUAUGCCUUUCAAGCUAACCAGCAGGGAAGCCAGCAGAGGUCUGCCAAGCUACGGCGGAUCAUCAGAACAGUCAUGAUCCGUCUCUCUUGUUUCAUCCUCAUCUUCAUCGCCUGUGGAGCACCAACAUUUGCCGGAGCCGUCGAUGUGUGGUCAGAGGGAAGCAGACUCCACCUUUCAGAGAAACCUGACAGGAUUAUCCUCUAUAUUCACGCUGUGUUAGCUCCAAUGCAGGGUUUCUGGAACGCAAUAGUGUACGGGUGGUCAAGGAAAGAGUUCAGAAGAGCAGUCAGAAUCCACGGUAGUGAGAGGAGCGCUAGCAGCUCAAACUAUCAGUCUUUGAAUAACUCUCGAGUGGACCAAGGGAACAAUGCUUCUCCAACACAAUGAUGACAUGGACAUUUUCUCAGUCUCAAGUUGGUGUGCUGUCAUUUUAGAACUCGACUGUUAUUUUACAUGAUGUUUGUCACUUUUUCAUACAAAUCUGAGAGGUUCUGUUGUUAAUAUUUUUACACAAAUGACAUGAUAUAUUGAACAGAGUGUGCAUGAACAAAACUACUAGAAAUUCAUGACAUCACAUUAGCAAGACAAUGGAGCAGAGAGACAAGUGAGAGCUGAUUCAACAAAAUCUUCAGUGACAUAGAUAGCUAGUUACCCAAUUCA